AUGACGAAGUUAUCCAUUUGUCCAGAGCUCCACUGCAAAAAUGGCUACUCAGAGAGAGAGAAAUGGCCAUGGCUAUGGCGGCGAUGGUAGCGAGGUUGAUGAUGUCUGAAGAACUUGAAGAACGUGCCCAAAAACAGAGGCAGUGGUAGUGGCAGUCGCAGCCCUAAAAAACUUUUCUUCCAUACAAAGCUCGCACCGGUGGGCCCUCCCCCAACCGUCACCAAAUUCUUCCACUUUCACCCAACACCAUCACCAUUCUCUCUUUCAUCCCACCAUUGUCAAAAUCUUCCUCCUCUGCUUCUUUCUUUCUUUCCCUACCUUUUUCUCCAUGUCUUUAAUGGCGGCCGAUUUGCGAAUUCUUCGUCAAAAGAUAAAGGGUCGGUGCUAGGUGAGCAUCUGGUCCUCUCUUUGUUUUUUUGGCUGUCAACGGAGAUGCCCACAUUCUAAAAGUCUUGGUUGUUUUCUGUGCGGGCGGUGGAAUUGCUGAAAUUGGAUAUUUUGGACUUUCUGUGAAGAAUUUGGUGGGGACUACUAGGGAGAAUUUUGCUGAAUUUCGAUCAAUUUCGGUUCGAUUUGGAGAGUUGAAGCGUGUUUCGGGAAAUUUUUUUCAGGGCUUUGAAUCUGUUCAGGCUAGAGAUUGAUUUGCAAAUUGUGGCGUUUUUGAGUUGAGCUGACUGGAAAUCGUGAAAUUGUACUGAAUCGGAAGUUGCUGAAUUUGGGUUUUGAUGCUUUUGAUCAACCUUUUCUUUAGCAAGAAGAAUUGAUGAACCGUUUGCGAUCAUGAAAUUUUGUUGGAGAUGAUGGUCCUUUAGAUGUCUUUUCUUCGAAGUUAACUACGAAUCUCUCAAUAUUCUAAGAUUUUACCGAGUUUUUUAGCACUUUACAGCGCUCUGAUUCGAUACCUUGCCAUCUUAAGAAGCUGGGAUUGAAUUUUGCUGUGUUUCACCCGAUUGAUCAUCUGGAUUCCAUGCCAAUUCUUCUCUGCACUGGCCUUUUAAGCUUCUGCUCUCGAGAUUUCAUGCAGCCAUACAAGUGAAAGAUUUUGGACAGAAUUUUUUGGAAGAAAAUGGCGAAGAAGUCCAAAAGACUUACGGUGCGUUAUGAGAAGGAUCAAUCGGGCUGUAUGUGGGGUUUGAUUAGUUUAUUCGAUUUCCGCCAUGGCCGCGCCUCGAGGAAGUUAUUAGCAGACAGGAAGCGUCCGAACAGGCAAACUGUUGGUGCUGGAAAUUCAAGAAAUAAGUUCGAGAUUUUGGCUAAUUUGGAUGAAGAUUGUACUUCUACUUUGGACAGUGAAGAAUGCAAGAGACUGGACAUUGGAAAGCCUAGUGUGAAGAAACUCAUAGAAGAAGAGAUGUUCGGCGAGCAGGACAUGAAGAGGACCGAGUGUGAACACUCGAGCAACUUAAAGACGACUGAUCAGAAGAAAAUGAAGAAGUGUCGCAAGAAUAGCUGUGAUAUUGAUGCUGAUUCCUUUAAUGCUGCUGAGUUUUUGAAGGAAAAAAGUGCUAAUAAUAUCCCUGUUGAUGUGAUGCUGAAGGAAAUUUACAGUCAGAUCCACCGGAAGAGCACAAGUGAAAUGAAGUUUGACCCGGAUGAUAAAGCAGAUAUGCAAUCAAAUGGGUAUCUGGCUGAUUUAGAGCAAAAAGUAUUCGAGGCAAUUAAGGAAUAUUUAGGCCAGAAGUUCAAUAUUGGGAAAGAUUUCACUGAAAUUCAGAAAGUUCAACAUUCGAGAGAGAUCAUGGAUGCACUUCAGAUUCCCCAUUCCAAUGAUGAGCUGUUUCUAGAACUCGCACAAAACCCAAACUCUGUGUUGCUAAAGUACAUUAGAAAUUUGCACGAUAGGGAAGGAACCUAUCGAAAGGGAACGAUAACUGAGGAAUCCAAGUCACACGAGUUCGGUGAAGUUAGGCAGUCUGAGGAGCUUGUUGAUUAUAAGCAACGUUUAUUUUUCAGGAGAAAGGUCAAGCAUCGGGGAAGGAACCCAUCGAAAGGGAAUGAUAACUCUGAUGCCUCGAGUAAAAUUGUCAUCCUAAAGCCAGGGCCGAAAGGCUUGGUGAAUUCUGAGGCCGAGACCAUCCAUCCAUCAGCCCAAAAUUCUACUGCUGAUGAUAAAAGGAAAGUGCCGAAUGAGAGGGUUAGUUCUAACUUUUUUCUUGCUGAAAUCAAGAGGAAGUUUAAAUAUGCUAUGGGAAAAGAUCACCAUGAACUCUCUGCUAAUGUUUCUGAUAGAUUUCAUUGUGAUCAUCACACUAUGAGAGAGAGUGAAAAGGGUGUUAUCAAGGAAAAUGCUGCAAGGAAUUCUACUAGUAAGGACCAUUUUUUUAUUGAAAGAAUUUCCAGACCUUCCAUCAAUGGCAAGCGAGCAGAGAAGGCUGGGAAACUGAAAAACUUGGAAGUAAAUCAAGAUUUGGGAAAUAUUUAUAACAAUAGGAGAAGCCCGUCUAAUAUUUAUGUCGAGGCGAAGAAACAUCUUUCUGAGAUGCUUAGCAGUGGGGACGAGAGUGUAGAUUUUUUAAGGGGACACGUACCUAAGACACUCGGUCGGAUUCUCUCUAUUCCUGAGUAUAGUUUUUCUCCCAUUAGUAGUCCUAAAAAGGACUACAAGCACAGCCCAAUUACUUCAGAGAUGAGAUUUUCUGCUGGUAUCAGUCUUUUAAAUGGUAAUAGUAAUGAAAUUAUGCUAUCGCCCAAGGGCGUAAAUAACGAUAUUCCAAUCAGUCCAGGAAAAGUUCCAUUGUGCGUUUCUGAUGACACCCCAAGCACCGUGCAGCCUCCAAUUGAUAGCCAUAAUAUUGUUGAUCAAAGUACAAGGGAAGUUGAUGUGAGCUCUAGUACUAAUGGGAUGAAUUCUGAAGGUGAUAUUGAGAUUCUAAAAGUGAACGAAAUUGCAGUCCAUGAGGAGAGAAGUAUUUUGGACACUCCCUCUGAUUCAAUUGGCUCUUCCCCUCCGAGAGAAGAUCAGAACGGUAAAAUGCUCGAUGCAUGUGAUGAGAGAAGUGUUUCUGAUGUUUCCUCUGACCCGAUCGCCUCUUCCCCCAUCAGAGAAGAUCAUAACGAUGACACGCCAGAUGUGGGCGAUGAUAAACCUUCCAAAAGCUUGCCUCAAGAUUUGAGUGAAGAAAAUAGAUUGCCACCAUCUCCCUCAACAUCUCCCUCCAGCUCAUCUACACUCGAAAAGGCUGUUGGAGAUUUAGAGUGCAUUUCUGAUGUUCAGGAGCGGCCGAGCCCUGUUUCUGUUCUAGAGCCACUAUUUUUAGAGGAUAACUUGAGCCCCGUGUGCGCCAUGUCUCUGCCUGUGGGGUUACCAGUACAACCAGUGCAUAUUGAAUUUGAAGAUCGUGAACAUGCAGAAACCGAUAAAGCUAGCGUCCCGAAAUCGUUUAAGGAAGAUAAGGAAGUCAUUUUUGACUAUGUAAAGGCAGUGUUAUUAGCGUCAGGCCUUACCUGGAACCAAAUCUGUGUAAAGUGGCUUUCUUCAGAACAGCUUCUUGACUUGUUACUAAUUGACGAAGUAGAGCUUUUUCCAAACCAGCUAUGCUCCGACCAUAAGCUCCUCUUCGACUGUAUUAACGAAGUACUCGCAGACGUGUGCCAAAGCUAUCCUCCAUGGUUCUCAUUUGUAAAGCCUAAUUUACGGUCCGAAUAUCUUGUCGAGAUUUGUGAAGGAGUAUAUUGGCUUCUUCUUCCAUUGCCACAGCCUCUUACAUUGGACCACCUUGUUACAAAGGACAUGAGCAGAAGCAGAGCAUGGAUGCACCUUCAUUCUGAUGCUGAAACUAUUGGUACUGAGACGUGUGAAGCCAUAUUUGACGAUUUGGUGGAUGAUACAAUAUUAAGCUGCGUCUUACACGAUAGUUCAGAAUCCGAUGACGGAUCUCACUCGGAGAAUGGAGAUGUGAGGGAUAACUUGUAAAGAAUUAGAGUCAGUCUGCAUCUGGUGAUCGUAAUAAUCAACUAGGGAGGGCCCCUUCUUUACGAACUAUAAUACGACUGAGCUUUUGUUCUAACUUGGUCUCCUGCGAUCUGUGUAGAUAUCAUCAACCACAAUCUUAAUAGUUCCAUAACCAUGGCUUUUUCUAGCCUUCCCUGGUUGUUUUGUCGUCAAACUAAUGCCUUCGACGGAGAAGGUUCAAGAGUUCGUUCGUCCGCAGAAACAGUCUGGUUUUUUCCAGAUAUCAUCUUUGGGAUCAGGUGCGAGGUUCACCUAGCUGUGUCGUUGGAGGUGGCAGCCUCCUUUGUAGAUCUUGUAGAGUUUUGUGUGUUAUAUUAGUCGAGGAUAUAUCAAUAUCGAUAUGGCGUGGUUUGAUUCAUUGAUUUUUUUUUUUUCUGUUCUGGUCACUUGUUAGUGUCUCGUGCGCUUUGUCGCCAUAUUUGCAAAGCUUUUAUGACAAUGACUGAGAAUUUGCUUGUUUUUCGUAUAAAGAUGUAAUAAAGGGCGUUCCCUAUUGACAUUUUCACGCACUGAAGAAGAAGUUUUAUGCAUUAGCUUUUCCUUUGCUAAA